AUGUUUUCAAGGACAGCUUUCUCAGCCGUUGCCGGCGCAGCAUUGCGACCAUGCCGCAAUCCACUCCUCUCCUCUCGGUUCGCCGCACUCCAAAAGUCCUUACUCUCGACAGAAACGCGACAAGCCAUCGAUAAGGCGGUAGCAUCGGCACCUGUAGUGCUGUUCAUGAAGGGAACGCCAGAAACGCCACAAUGCGGAUUCUCGAGGGCGAGCAUACAGAUUUUGGGAUUGCAGGGUGUGGAUCCGCAGAAGUUCACUGCGUUCAAUGUUUUGGAGGAUCAGGAGUUGAGGCAAGGAAUCAAGGAAUACUCAGAGUGGCCAACGAUCCCACAGCUUUAUGUCGGGAACGAAUUCGUGGGAGGAACAGAUAUCAUGAUGAGCAUGCACCAGGAUGGCAGUUUGGCGAAGCUGCUGGAGGAGAAGGAUGUGUUGAUACCAGCUGAGAGCGAGGGCAGCAGCAGUCCGUAA